AGAUAUACACACUGUGGGGAAGGAGGCGGCAGUUCAGGAGGGGAGGCAAUCAGUUCAGCAGGCCCUACCAGAGGAAGGACAGUGUCUCGGAAUCAAGGGGAAACCAUCAGAGGAAAAGACAAAACGAGGAGGCCAAUGAAUCCACAAGGAGGAAAAGCUUUUGCAGUAUUAAAAGCCCAGCAGGAGGAAUUCCUGAACUCCCUCAACAAGGAAUUCAUGGAUGACCCCAAAUACAGCACUGAUGAAGACCUUGCUGAAAAAUUAGAAAUAUUUAAGAAGAAAUACAUGGAUUUUGACCUCAAUGCACAAGGUGACAUAGAUCACUGCACUCUGCAUAUGAGGCCCUCCUGCAGAUACCAUCUUACCAGGAAGUUCAUUCCACCCAAUAUAGAAAUUGGACCUUUAGCCUCGUGGCACCUUUGGAACUCCCUCCCUUUAAAUAUUAGACAGGCAUUGUCUGUUGUCUGUACAGCACCUACUGAAGACUAUGGGUAUGUGUGGAAGGAAGAGAGGGUGACACAGGGAGAUAGGAGAAGAGGGUGGAAAAAUCCUUUCCUACCUUCUAGAAGGUGGCAACGUUCAAAAGGUUACAAAUGUCUACUUUGAGAGUGUGAAUUCCUUCAUUUAGGAAAAACAGGAUUUGUCACAACCCAGCAACAAAGAAGCCCCCAGAGAAAGAGGGGAGGAGGAAGCCUACGCACAUAGCAGUUUUUUAAAAGUUUGGUUUUUUUAAUUGCUGUAGUCAAUUAUCUGAGCCAAUUGACUUUCUGAGUCAAUUAUCCAGAUUCCAAUGAGUGUCAAUUGCAAGCAAGCCUUUUUUAGUUUGUGCUUCCAAAAGCCAAGACAAGUUUUGGAAAGUCAGAAUUCUAUAAUUGUAGAAGACAGUGAAUCCUGAUGAAAGCAUGCCAUCUACAUCAUCAAGUAGUUUGGUAGCAGGAGGAGAAAAUGUGUAGACACUGAAUUCAGUAAUUCAAGCAAUAUCUCUGACAGUGAGAAAGGACAGUCAAAUGGUGACAGGAAUAGAGAAGCAGAAAGCAGUAUUCAAGCCUGGGCAGAUUAUUCUAUAAUCUUAGACUGUUAUAUCAUCUUAGAAGGGAGCAUGGCUGUGACUAUCAUGAAGGGACCCUGCACUGAAUUUGCCACAACACUACUGUCCAUGGCUAUUUUUGAAAAUGGUCAUUUAAAAAAAAAAAGCCUCUAAAAUAUCAGUAUUAAGAACAAUACAUUUAUUUAUAUUGCCUUUCAAACCAUCAAUAUUUCCUUUUAAAAUAUUUAUAUUAAUACCAAUAUUUUUUGUGAGGGGGAAAAAACAGAUUGGUAAAAGCAAUGGAUAGCAGACAAAGAACGAACUCAAAUUGAUACCAGCCUGUUAGGUCGACGGAAUGCUUUCAAACUGGCACUGGCCAACGGAUCCCAUUCCUACUGAAGACCUUCCUCUUCCAACAAGCCUUUUAAGUACAGAUCUUUCCCAGUCUGCAUCUGUAUUAUAAUUUUUUAAAAGAUGUUUUUAUUGUUUUAUCGUGUGUGUGUUUGCCAUCCUGGUCUCCUUUCGGAGGAAGUGCAGAAUAUAAAUUUCACACGUAAAUAAAUAAAUAAAAUUAUUGAGGUGAUAAUAG